CGAAGCACAACGAACUUAUUUCCGUGACGAUCGACAAGUUGACGUCAAUGUCACGAGGAUGAUUUCAGUGUUUUAAGACUGAAAAUGGCGUCCGGCACCUAGCUGAAAUAACCUCGAGACAGCAAAAAAUCCUCUUGCGUUGCGCAUCUGGUGAAGAGUUAAGCUUGCGAACUGAUAAAAAAUCUUACUGAUGGCUGGGGCGUCGCGGAAAAACCAGUUCAAAGUGGUUCUGUUAGGAGAGGGCUGCGUUGGGAAAACUUCCCUCAUGCUUCGUUAUGUACAAGACAAGUUCAACGAUAAACAUUUAACUACGUUGCAAGCAUCAUUCUUGAAUAAACGACUAAAUAUAGAUAAUCAGCGAGUCAACAUUGCAAUUUGGGUAAGCCAGUUGAUUUGAAGAAUAAAUGAUUUAAUUGUGUUUUUUGUACUUUACAGCAAUGGUGCAAUUCUAGUUUAUGAUAUAACAGAUGAAGACUCCUUUUUCAAGGUAAAGAACUGGGUCAAAGAGCUAAAGAAAAUGUUAGGAGAAGAUAUUGCACUUUGUAUAGCAGGUAACAAAAUCGACCUUGAGAAAGACAGACAUGUUGAUGCAUCAGAGGCAGAUGCAUAUGCCAAGACAGUAGGGGCAAAACACUUCCAUACAUCAGCAAAACUUAAUAAGGGCAUUGAAGAAAUGUUCUUUGAGCUAUCAAAACAAAUGUUGGAAAGACAAGAAAAAAGUGAUGCUAAAGUUGCACGUGAUGGUGUGGUAGAGAGAGGAAAUAACAGACGGAAGAAUGUGGUAAUAGUAGAUGAACAACCCGCCCAGCGACAGGGUGGAGGAGGUUGUUGUGGCGGCGGUGGAGGAGGAGGAUCAUAGAAUUUAUGGUGUGCAUUGCAGCUGUAUGGUUAUAAUUAAUGAGUAAUCUGUAUAGUAUAGAACAUAGAAUGAACUAUACUUUGUGAAGAGAAAAUGUAGUUACAUGAAUGGCAAGCAAGAAGUGGAUUGUAACCACUUCUAAUGUCUCUGAAAGUAGUAAGUCUUCCCCUAUUAUAAAGUUAGCACUUUUAUUCCCAGGGUACAGUUACUGGGUAUUCUCUUUAUUCUAAUUACUUGUCACAUUAGAUAUACCUGUAUUGUACGGAAAUUAGAUGUUGAAUUUUAAAAGAAAACCGUUAAAAGGUCUACAGGUUUAUGUAAAUGGUCAAAGCCAUAAAUAAUCUUUUCAAAAGAAAGUGCAGUCAUAAAGGAUUUUUAUAAUGAAACUGCAAAAUGAUGGCCAUUUUCUCUUAGUCUGAUUACAUGAUAUUGUUUUAUUUUAAACCUUGUCGUAGAAGUCAUAUAUUGAGUAACUUUAGGCCCAGCUUAACCUGUCUUACAGCCGUGGCCGUGACACAGGCUAGGCCAGUUCAGACUUCAGACUUUUGCCGUGCUGGACUUGAUUACAAUUAGCUUCGUCUGUAGCACUGCGGAAACACGACUCCGAUUCAGACGUUGUGCCAAAGUCGUACCAAAUUCAGGAUUUACUGAAGCCACAUAAAAUUCUCAUCGUAGCUCCCUGCUGGAAUGCAACCCCAGCAAAAUACAUUAAUAUAAUUUAUGACUUUUGUUUGGCAAGGCAAAAGCACAACGUUUGAAUUGCUGCCUUGCCAGAGUUGUGUAGCACGGCAGAGCUUGUUGAACUUAAUUGCUUGCUGAACUUAAUUCAAAAGUUUGAUUCAGAUGUUAUGCUUCUGCUGUGCUUUCGUCGAACUUAAUUCCUGGAUUAAGUUGGUCCCAACAGAAGCACGACACGUGAACUGGGCCUGACACAAAAAAACUGUUAGAUGUACUUGUAACGAAACUUAUGUAAUGUGAAGGAUGGUCUUUGUUUAGUUAAUACAUUAUUUCUUUUCUGCCUAAAUUAUCCUAACAGCUGUAAGAUGUGAUAAAUUGAUGUUGUAUUGGUAGCUGCAGCAAAUACAAAAGGAAUAUGUCGAAUGUUGAAUAACAUGUAUUUCUUGUUGUAAAGUUGCGAAUUGUACAGUAUAUAAACUAGUGUUGGUAUACUGGAAUGUCUAAAAAAUUUGAACAAUGUUGUAAGCAAAGAUUACCUCAAAGUAAAUGUCAUGAUAACGAAGGCACAGUAACUAUGUAUUUUUAGGAAAUAAAAUUUACAGGACAAAAGUAAUAUUACGUGAGAUGAUGACAGUCAGCUGGAAUUUUGGAAGUAUCAGUUCUGAAGCAAAGUUAAGCUUUAGCCUGGUUACUAUUAUGUCAACUUGAGUUUAACCCCUGAGCGUAUACAGUGGCAGAUCCAGACCUCUAGCCAAGGGGGGGCCCGGUUUUAUUUUGCUUGCCCUGCCGGCAUUUCUUCCUUCUGCGGAGGACCCCCACCCCCACCCCCGGCCCCUCCCCUAGAUCCGCCACUGGUAUAGCACAACAAUGAUUGUACUUGCAAACUGCAACGACGCAAGCAUGAGCACUAGCAUAAGAACAUGAAAAAGAUGUCUCAUUAUCCUUUCUUUGGAAGUUUGUUAUUAGUCCUAUCAAUAAAAGAAAUACAAAUUGGAAAGUUGA